AUGUCGUACAUGGUAGUCCGCGGCUCGUCCUCCGACUUCUGGCAUCAAAACGAGAAGCUUUUCGACAAAUUAAAGCCGUAUUUUGUCGUCACGUUCGUCAUUCUCGUUCUCGGCGUACCGCUGCUGCUAAUUUUCCAGCCAAUCGAAGCACUCUCGACCGACGUUGCCGCUUCGGAUGCCCCUUCCGACGACGCUUCCUCCUUGAGUUUUGAGGCGACUCGAAGCUCGGGCGACUCUGCUGCCUUCGCAUCCUACCCCGCUGCAUCCUCGUUAGAAGCCGGCGUCAUUAAAGGCGUUAACAUUGCAUGGUCGCUAUGCCGAGCCGAGGCUGCUUAUUGGGCUGAUAUAGACCGUAGGAAGGCAGCUCAUAACGGGGACCAGUGGCCCAUGGAUUCAUACGACCUGCCGCAGCUGCUGCUGUCCGUGCUCAUGCCCACCUACCCCUGCCCGGCAGAGGAACGAGUGGGCGCAUGGGGGGAUGGGGGGAAGGUAAGGAUGGUCCGGCGGGGAGUGAAUGGCUGGGUUCUGUCGGUUACUCCCUACCCCUCUCUGCUAUCGCUGCUGCUGUCCGUGCUCAUGCCCACAUAUCCGUGCCCGGCAGAGGAGCGAGUGGGCGCGUGGGGGGAUGGCGGGAAGGUGAGCGAAUGGCUGGGUUGGGUUCUUUCUGUCACUCCCUACUACCCCCCUCCUCUGCUGUCUUCUCUGCUGCUGUCUGUGCUCAUGCCCACUUAUCCAUGCCCGGCAGAGGAGAGUGGGCGCAUGGGGGGAUGGGGAAAAGGCCAUACCCGGCAGAGGAGAGAGGGUGAGGAGGUGUGUGAAUGGUUGGGUUGGGUCCUUUCGGUCUCUCCCCUUCCCCCCUUCUGCUGUCUCCGCUGCUGUCUGUCUUUGCUCAUGCCCACUAAUCCGUGCCUGGAAGAGGAGCGAGUGGGCGCAUGGGGGAAUGGGGGGAAGGUGAGCAAGGGGAAGGGGGGGAAAGGGGGGUUAGGAGAGGGAGAGGGGGGUGAAGAGAAGGGGUGCGGGAGAGUGGGCGCAUGGGGGGAUGGGGGGAAGGUGAGGAGAGUCUGGGGAGGGGACGAGGGGAAGAUGGGGAGUUGGGGGAACGGGGGGCAGGGGAAGGAUGGGGUUGGGGGAAAGGCCUGUAGUGGGGGUUGCUUUCAUUUGGCUACUUUCUGCUUACCUGAGGGAGACCUACUUGCUACUCGUGCGCUGGUUGAGAGUGUGGGGUGUGGGGAUGGGGGCAGGAGAGGGAAGGUGGCAAAUGUUGAGAGGGAACAGCAACGAGGAGUGCAGUGCAGUUGCUUUGUCCCCUCAACCCCCAUCUUACUGAAAACUUCGGGACCCCCCUUCUCCCCACCACUUCUCGCAUCCCACCUUGCUAUAAUCUGCAAUGGGUGUGCAUGUUGCCACCUAACCCUCUCCCUCCUCUCCCCUCCUUUGCCUUCCUCUGCUCUCUCCUCCCCUUCCUCUCCCUCACCUUGCUCUCCACUGCAGUGGGUGUGCAUGCUGCCACCUAACCCUAUUCCUCUCCCCUCCCCUGCGUUCCCCCCACCUCCCCCCACCUUCCUCCCCUGCCUUUCCCCAACCUCUUCCCACUUUCCUCCCCUCCCUCACCCUAUUAUCCAUUGCAGUGGUGUGGGCAGCAACGAGCAGUACGACUUCGAGCAGGCCAUAGGCGCUGCGCUGCACACCAAGCCAUUCACCUUCGACCCCUUCCUCUCCGCCAACGCCUCCCACCACAUGCUCGCCCUCCCCUUCCUCCACUUCAACCAAAUCGCCAUCGCGGGAGCAGCAAGCCUUGAGAAUUUCCGGGGCCAAAACCCUGGGAUCACUUUUAUGACUCUGCAAGGGGCGAUGGAGAAACUAGGGCAUGGGUAUGUGGAUGUGCUGAAAAUGGACUGUGAGGGGUGUGAGGAGGAGUUUAUCAUGGGGAUGAAGAGGGAGACUGAGGAGUUUGUAGAGAGGAGGAGGAGGGAGGAGGGAGGGGGGUUAACGGAGGAGGAGGAGGGGAAGAGGAGGGGGAGGGGGGAUGCGAAGCUGGUGAUAAACGGAGGGAAUCUGCUGUUUGGACAACUGCUUGUGGAGUUUCACGCCAUGCACAAGCCCCAGCAAUCCCUACCGUACCUGUACGCCAUGGAGGGCAUGGGGUACCGCAUGUUCCACGUGGAGCCCAACCCGCUGUGCUACCCGUGCAUCGAGGUGGCGUUUGUGCACGAAGACCUGGUGGUUCCGCCCCUGAGCCUUGACUGUGCGGGUGUUCUGAGGCGGUCCCAGGCUAUGUUGCCGGGUGGUUGCCUGGAGUGGGGGCAAGGAGUGGCAGCAGCAGUGCUGACGCUGGCAGCAGCGGCGGUGAAUCUGGCAGCAGCAGUGAUAGUAGUGUAG